UUGGGCUUUCUACAAUGCACACCUCCGGGCAAUCACGCGUGAAAGGACUUGUCGCGUAGACCUCCACCGCGAGGAAUUGUCAGAAUGGCUUGCUGGCGCCAUCUUAAACUCUCUAGCUUAUCUGUUGGCCAACCUUCCCCCCAGCUUCUGAUCAAACCGGACUUCGGGCUGAAGAAGUAUACUGUGUUUCUAACAGAUCUUAGCAACAUCUGGAGCGAGGAAUUGGACUUGGCCGGAAUUGUGAAGCGGGCGUCACAGGAAGAUUCGCCCAUCGAAGUGAGCAAACAAGACACCACGCAGCUCACCAUCCUCUUGGACAACGUGAAGAAAUCCCUGACUGGCGCUGAUGAUACAAUCUGUCGUAUAACGCGUAACAGCGUAAAUGGGAUUGUCCUUCACACUUGGACUAGUCUUCCUGCGCCGCUCGAUUCGUUACGGUGGAAGUUUUGUUUGCAGAAGAGACCUCCGGCUACUUUGAAGAACGAGCUCAUCUUACCUCUACUCGUGUCCUCGCAUGUGCAACACGAGCGAGUGGACAGCCUGAUCACGAGCAUCACUGAGAAGGACAGGGAGAUUACGAGACUUCUCGAUCAGUACGAAUCCAGCAAUCUAGAUCUGGCGUCAGCUUUCCCCAGCAUUUCAGGAUCAAAACCUGGAAGAAGGCUAGUCAAACGCGAACAUGCAGCACGGCACAUCCCCGCUCUUGCACCAUUUCAGGAAGAUGCUUGGAGGAAGGAUACGGCCCGGUUGAACGAUGCACACAUUUCAACCUUGGGAUUGUUCCAAGAAGCAUUGUCGGACUGUGCUCUAAGAGUACCACUACGGCUGAUGUCGGAAUCUGAAGACCAAUCAUGGCUGACAAAAGUCUCGGAAUCUCUUGACGAUCUUGAACCCAUCAUGAAAUCAAAGCAAAUCCACCCGAGCCCUAAAUCAAAGCCUACGUCGAACCCUCCACCGGAGCCGAGUGAUGAGGACACCGAAGAUGAGUUCGAAAUGCAUGGGAACUUUCAUGUACGAGAAUCUCCACAUCGGAAGCCUGAGCAACUGACCAAAAAUGACUCAACACGAGAAAAGAGACUCAAGAUAGAGGUGGGCGAAGAUGAAUCAACGGAUGACGACGACUUGGAUGCGCCAUCAAAGAAACCGAGCCAGAUUCGAUCUCCCCCACAAGAGACACCGGAGGUGGACGGACCAACUGAGGGUGGUGUUUCCCCUUCACCAAGAAUUAGUGUUCCCGCUGCACAGAAGCCUAAGGGUUUCAAGAUCGGAGGAGCAAAGGCGAAGAAACAAGCAGUAGUCGCACCUGCACCAGAAGCACUGGUGAAAAUGAGGGAUUUGGAAGGGGACAGAAAUAUAGAUGAUGCACAGAUUCCCACUCAUUCAAAGGCAGACAGCACCACCACUUCGGCAGGUUCAAAGGGACCAAAAAAAUCGUUCAAGAUCGGAGGAAGGCACAAAGACUCCAAGAGCAGCAUGCCAACGGUGAACCUCAGAGGCGGUGCGUCAAACGGUAUGCGGCCUACGGACAUGGUUGAGGGCCCUCCGGAGCCUGGUUUGCCCACGUCGAUGAGGUUCAGCGAGGCUCCAGCUGUGGCCCGGGUUGAAGGACAGACAAACAGUCCCGUUCAGGAGGAACACGAGGAGACUCUCGAGGAGAAAGUAGAAAGAAAGAGGCGUGAGCUAAAGCGGAAGAAUGAGGAGCUAGCUAAGAAGCAGAUGCAGAAGAAGAAAAAAAGAUUUUAGUAAUGGCUGUAGUGUGGCAUACGUUUAUGAUGAUACACUGGUGGACAAAUCUAGAACGACUUGUUAUUUCCUAGGUAAAGGUAGUUUAUUUCCUUCUCUUGCCUUACGAUGAUGAAAGUGGGGUGGUGUGAGGCGGUUUUCUUCGCCUGGCUCACAGGACCACACGAACCGCGACGACGGUCGGGUCAACGUGAUGGUG